UUCCAUAGAUUAAACAGCUCCAUUCAUUCAUUUCACAAAAUAAGGUGGUGACGUUAGAGAAAGACGUAUAUUUUGUAUACAAAUAAAUAAACUGUUUUAUUUAAGCUUCACUGUAGAAAAUAUUAAUGAAAUAGUGCAACGAUCAUUCAUUGAUUUAAAUAUAAGGAUCAGGUGUGUUUAAAAGCUUUGUGAACUAAUAUCGAUUUACCUGGGACCAUAAUUCGGAGAUGGCUCUAAGGCAAGAGACCGCUCCGGCGUUGACGCCUCCGCUGCUGCAUGAUCCUUUCGGCGUCGCGGCGGCGACCCUAGCCGACGAACAUUUUGAGGACGAGUUUGAAGAUGCUACAGACGAACUACCACCCGCGCAAACUGCUGAUUUACACACUUCCUUCGAGGACUGCGAGGUGGCCAUUAGAAAAUUCUUUAAUAAUGAUUUAAUUGGUGCGACGAACAUGAUGAAACCCUGGGAACGCACGUCGCUUUACCACAGCCUUGGCACUGCCAUGUUCGAGUUUAUACCAGCAAUGUUGACCUUCGACCACGCACAAAUCAAUCGGACCCUGGCCGCACUCAAAGUAGCCAUCAAUAUUUGUAACCAGCACAGGAAAAAUUACACCUUUGUAGAGAGCAUCGGCACAAUUAUUAAAAAGCCAAAUUACGCCACAUACACAGAUUUGGAAGCCCACGCUGAGCUGUGCUAUGCAGAAGCCCUGCUACUUCAAGCAGCAAUGACCAUUAUGGACGGAGAAGACCUCACAGGGCUCAUCAAGGGCACUAUCAAGGUCAAAAAUUGCUACACCAGUUACAAGGAGUGCGCAAAAAUAUUAGAAAAGAAGGAAUGGGAGACAGAACUAUCGAGAGUGCAGUUCCGAAGUGGCGUGCGCCUGGGCAUUGCCACGUUCAACGUGAUGAUAUCCAUGUUACCGCCUAAGAUUAUAAGCGUCUUAGAAUUCGUCGGAUUCUCGGGGAACAAGACCGUUGGAUUGGCAGAGCUGGAGGCGGGGUCGAACGAGCCAGGUAUGCGGUCGGUACUCUGUGACCUCACCUUGCUGGGCUACCACCUCGUCAUGUGCCAUUUCAUCGGCGCACCAGGCGACCUGCCUGUCUGCGAGAGAAUACUGGACAGACAGCUCAAGGUGUACCCGCAGAGCGUUUGGUUCCUGAUGUUCAAGGGUCGCAUCGAGCUGCUGCGCGGGCAGUUCGACGCCGCCAUUGAGACCUACAACCGGUCCAUCAACAGCCAGAAGGAGUGGUGCCAAUUCCAUCACGUCUGCUACUGGGAGAUCAUGUGGGUCAACAGUUUGAAAAUGGACUGGCGUGAGGCGGCAUUGUACGCAAAUAAACUUAUAGAGGAAAGUUCGUGGUCAAGGACCAUUUACUCUUACUCUAAAGCGGCUAUGUUAUUACAACUGAAUGAUAUCACGUCUGCAGAGAAACAACAAUGCAAUGAUCUCAUGAGGAACGCUUCUUACUAUAAGCAGCGCAUCGCCGGCAAAUCGUUGCCGAUGGAGAAAUUCGUGAUCAAGCGGUGUGCGCGAUACCAGGCGCAGGGAGGCCGGCUACUGCUGCCUGCCAUCGAACUGCUGUGUCUGUGGAACAUGUUCCCCAUCCUCGCCAAGAACGAGAGGAACGCGCAGAACGUUCUUAAGUUGAUCGAAGCGACGAGCCAGCAAAUAGAACGCGACCCGUGCGACUGGAUGGCGGGCUACGAGAUCGACAACCGGGCUCUGCUGUGGUUCCUGCAGGGUUGCUGCCUCGCUGCCAUGAACCUGCCGCGACUGGCCCUUGACUCCUUCAGCUCAGUACUACAACUCAAGAAUCAUAUUAAGGAAGAUACAUUCCUACUUCCGUACACCGUCUCUGAGAUGGCGAUGUGUCACUAUCAGCUCGGUGACAAAGAUCGAGCACUGCAGAUGCUGCAGGAUGCCAGGAAGAAGUAUUCUGGAUAUUCCUUGGAGUCACGAUUGCAUUUCCGCUUGCACUCAAAGCUGGAAAUAGUGAAGAAUGGUACAAGCACCACUGCAAGUCCUGCCACUUCGUAAGUUCACACAUAUACCGACCGAAUCUCAUAUUUAUUGCGCAAACGCAUUUAACUCGGCUAUAGAGAAUUUCGUGGAACCUCUUACUAUAUUCAGUGUACCCAUAGUAAAUUAAUACAAUUGAAGAAUGUCAUAUUUAAUCUUAUUAUAUCUGUGUGAACAUAAUAAUCAAUGUUGUUGCAACAAAUUAAAUGUUAAGUAUAUUCGAUUAAAGACUUAGAUUAAAAUACGAAUCUUAAAAUAAGCCGCUGCACGUAUCCUACCUAGUACUGAACAUUGCUUAUUUAGGUUUCCUAAAUAAAAAUUCGUAUUUUGAUCUCAAGCUUACAGUGAUGUUUAAUUAGGUUAAGUUAAUAAGACAUCGGUAUGUAUUAGAAGAGAUAUGUUUUUGUAGAUAAUAACUUCCAUAGCCCUAGUCUGAGAGUACAACAUUAACGCAAUUAAUUAUUAUUAAUUCACUCUCUGCAUAUCACUAACUUUAGUUGAGUUUACUCAACAACUACUUCUUAUCGUUUUUGGGUUUAGUAUUACUAAAUAUUUUAAUUACUGUCUAGCUUUUUUGUAUUUCUUGUUGAAAGAACCUAGUUCAAAUUUAUUAUUGUUUUCUUUAGUGUAAUUAAGUCAAAAUAUUUAUUGAUAUGGUUUGGUAAAUACGUUAGUAGCACGCCCAUGACCCGCGGGUAGCGCAAGCACCGGACGGAGUCGAAUAGGUUUGUGGACGUGGAGCAGCAUGUCACAUGUGAAUAUUUUUAUUACCAUUAUAAUAUUUUUCUCAUAAGAAAUGUUUUUAAUGGCACAGGGACCACCCUCUUAGCCUUCACUUUUGACAAUUACGCCUGCACACUCGCGUAUAUCUAACGAAUUUACCAAGCUAUGUUAGGGCCUUGCAAACCGUUGCAUGCGAGUGCAGAUAUCCGCGAGUUUUCUGUUCUCUUAUAACUUAUUUUAUGUAUUAAUAUUAUAAUCUUUCACAGUUAUAGUGAAUUUACAAAUAGUAGACAUAUUUCUGUAGUAAUUUAUCAUCCACAAUAUAUAUGUGAAGAUGUUAAAUUCGUGUAUUCAAGUUCAAACAGUAUAAAAUUAUUGAAUAAUACAAAUUAAUAAGUGUUGUGAUAAUGGAUCUGAAUGUAAUUUCUUGGCUGUACUGUAAUGUAGUAAACGUAAAUAAUAACAAUAUAUGUAUCUGCGAUGACGCGAAUAUUGCGUUUCUUAUAGUAGAGAUAUGCUUAUUUCGGUUCAGGGUAAUGAAAUAAUUAUAACGUUUAGGAAAUAUCUUCCUCUUUAUUUAUACAAUAUUUAUUUAUGAGUGAUGUUCGGCAGAUUUUUUUAUAAAUGUUUAGGCUGCGUUUCUCGAUGAUAUAUCCGUCUGGUUUCGUUAUUUAAUUUUCCGUCCAUUAUGUGUGUAUGUCACGAAACCUGUAGCAGUCACGAUAAUGUUUGCCCUUCGAAUAAUGCAUGUUGUUGACGCCAGAGUUUACAUACAUUACUUAGUAGUAAUAGUAGAUACCGAAAUAGGUCUCGAUCACCAAAUGCAGUUGCAAUAAUUUAAGAUCAUUGAAAUUUUCGGUCGAUCCCGAUGUUACAUUUCCUUGAGUAAGGUUCAUACAAUAGGUCGAAAUUUUGCUUACUUACCUAUUUCUGUCGCCCAAUACGGUUUUGUAUUAAGGUUUCGUAAUUAAGUUCCUCCACUAUGUAAUCUGUUGUACAAGGCUUAUUGACAUAGUUUUUAUUCCCAAGAACCUGAAAUAUAGCAGCCUUACUUAUAAAAAUCUCUGAUCAUCUUCUAAGCAACAUUCAACUAAUCAUUACUUAAAGUCUUAAGUAGUGAUUAAAUGUUAGUUAAGACAUGCUUAAGCAACGUUUAUAAGUAAGAAUUUUCUUAAACAGGCCGUAAGUAUUACUUAUUAUUUAAUUCACGUUUAUAAGUAAGGCUGUAGAAUGUAGAAUCUACAUAUACAAUUAAUGUAGAUGUAUGCGACAAGUUACUAAACUAGCGAGUACAAGUUCAUCUGCCGGGAAACGCAACCUACAACAAAACACUGCUACGGGCGAAAUACGUUCUAAUUAUGUGGAAAAUACGACUAACAAAAAUCGCCCUAACUCUUUUAGGCUGUGUUCAAACCAAACUGACUGUCAGCCACCGAAUGGGAGUGAUCGUUACUCAGUUUAUUGUAUUUCCAUACAUAGGUAUUUACUUUUUCGUUCACAUCCAACCGACGAGGCGAUACGUUAUGACAGUCAGUUUGGACUGAACGCAGCCAUAGAGCUUAUUUUGAAUUGAUAACAUACCUGCUUAGCCACAUCGUAUAUUUGGUCACUUUAUGAAAUACUCUCUAGCUUAUUGAAAUGUCCUAAAUUUAAAAAAUCCUAAAUUGACAGUAUUGGAGACGGUUGAACUGGAAUACGAUCAUUUCAUGAUGUGAGCAGAUAAAUGAUGUGGUUACGACUAACACACAAUUAUAUUUUUGUAAUUUGCCUACAUGUUACUGCUUAAUUCCUUCAUCUAGAUAUUUAUUAUUUUGUUCUGUAAGUUAUAUUAAUUUAUCUUAACACAGGUAUAGUUAUCGGCGCGAAUCUUGAGCGCUGACCUUCACCUGCGCAGAAGUGAUUUAUUAGCAAAGAACCAAUCCCGAGUGACGGCUAUGACGCGAUGCCCCCUGCAAAGGGACCCAAUAAAUUACUCCUGCGCAGCUGAAGGUCAGCGCUCAAGAUUCGUGCCGAUGAUUAUAAUUAAUUAGUCUUUUGUACAAAGGUUGUUAUUUUGGGCAGUUGUUACUUCUUCCAUUUUUAAUAUUGAUUUGUUUUAUUUUUAAGGGUUUAUAAGGUUACUAUUAUUUAAUGUUAUUUUUUAAUGGUGAGGAUACAGAGAUAUGGCCAAUGAAUGUGUUAUAUCGUAAUUAGUACAAAUACACUAAUGAGGUAAAAGCACUUUCUUAUUAGGUUCGUCGUUCACAAAUAACACUAAUCUCCGAUACACAGCGAUAUUUAUGUACAGACGACAUAAACAUACAAAUUGGAACGCACCUACGUCACAUGCUCUCGUACUCAAGCCAUCGAUAUUCUGUUUGCGCUAGAUGCCUAGAUAAAUACAAAUCUAGUCUUGUAUCGGAUAUUUGUGUUGCCUUGUCUUCGUAGGACUUACAUCAUAUAAAUAUCCAAUCAAUAGCUAUUGCCAGAGCGGAAUAUUGUUAUAGUUACCGGCACGGAUAUUGAGCUCUCGGCGGAAGAGUGGGGAUCGCUUUGCGCACUGUACACAUAAGGCAAUAAACCAAUAAAUCGCUUCUGCGCAGGUGAAGGUCAGGGCUCAAUAUCCGUGCCGAUAACUAUAUCCACC